AUGAACCGAUUUUUAUACUAUGGAGAUGCAGAAUCAAUUCCUGGUUACAAUUGCAGCUCUUACAAACCUCCGAACCCGAAUUUAAAUGUAAACGUUUUUGCUGGAGCCCUAGAUAUUGUUUAUGGAGUUAUUGUGAUCUUUCUGUAUGCUCCAACUGUGGUGGUUUUUCACCGGCAAUCAAGGCUGGCAUGUUUCAAAAUCAUGUUUUUUCUUGGACUAUUUGAUAUAGGUGCAAUAACUAUCAACUCUCUCGUCACUGGAUUCCUUUUGAUGCAAGGAGCCUCUUAUUGUGACUAUCCAAACAUCAUCUACAUAUCUGGAGCCAUUGGUCUUGGUUGUUGGUGCAGUGCAUGCCUAACAUGUCUUGUUCUCGCCCUCAACCGAAUCCUUGACAUGGUCUGUCCCCUAAUGGUCAAAAUUUACUUCCGUGGCUAUCGAACAUGUGCAGUUCUGAUGGCUCCAAUUCUCUACGGAUGCUUCUUCUUCCUCUUCACUUCACCAGUAAUUUUCUCCGCUGAACAUCAAACUUGGUUCUUCGAUCCAAGGACAAUGGAAGGCCACUACAAGGACUACACCAACAUCCCACACACCAUAAACAACUUCUCGCUGGUUUUCUUGACGUGCUUCCUUUACAUCUUUUUUUGUUUGAAAGUGCGCAGCCAGUUUCGAAAGAGCUUCCGACCAAAGCGAACUGCUAGACAGCGUCAGAUAUUUCUACAAUCCACACUUCUUUGUCUUAUACAUUUGUCCGCCUCCGUGCUUUACGUCAUCAUGCAGUUUGUUGAAAUGCCAAAGUGCUUAACGAUUCUUUCACAAUAUCUUUGGCAGUUGGCUCAAGGAUGUCCCGUCAUUAUCUAUCUAUUAUUCAAUCGCAAAGUUCGUGCAGCUUUAUUGGUUUUUAUGACCUCCUCCUCCCAGGAUAAAUCAUCGAACUUCAUUAGAAAAAGCGCCGACAAUCGAAUGAUGUUGUUGCAAUUGACUCCGAGCCAGAAUCAAAACACGACGGCUGCUGUGAGAAAAUUGACAGAACAUGAGAACGAAUUGCAAUGCAGGAUACACCUGACAAGUGACUACGAGCCGAACCAAGUGGAAAUCAAAGUGGAUCCCGAAAAGCAGGAGCUAACUAAUUAA